AUGCAGGCCGAUGACUUUGACUGGAUCGUCGAACAGCAGCGCCAUGCGUUCGAGAGAAUGCGAUCGACCGCUUAUGAAGAGUUGAGUAGCGAAAAUGGCAGCCUAAGACAGCAGCUAGCACACGCUCAGAUACGAGAGGACAAGAUGUCCAAGGUGUUGGAGCAUUAUCGUGCUGCCAGGGCAGAUCUCGAGCACUGCCUGGCCAAUGUCAGUAUAGAAAUUCGGGGGGAUGACGACGCUGGAGAUGAUUGGAUCAUCGAGCAACGUCGACUGUACGACCAAUACACCAGCAAGCAUCUAGAGGACCAGAAGUCGCACUCGUGGACGGAGGAAGAUUUGUCGCAACAGUAUUUGGAUGAGUGGGUCCAGGUUGCAAAGGACGACGUAUUGCCUGGCUCUGGAGCUUGGACAGAGCUGCCUUUCGAAUCGGCUGCUUUUGAUGACCCUCCGCCCCCCUAUGAAGAGCAAGAUGUCCAUGAAUUAUCGAUACCACGCACGCAUGAGAAAUAUCUUCACGAUGCACAGCAAAGGUCGCCGCCUUCUCCCUCACCACAUGUGCGAUUCGCAGCGCCGCACGACAUCAUCCCUUGUGCGACAGCGCCAUGCUGCCCUUCUCGGAAGAGAAAGAAACCCAAAAAAGAAGUUAUCGCUUUAUACAGGAAGCGAGGCAAUCGAAGCGCGGUGUGA